AAUGCCCCUAGAGGCGGAUCCCAUCUACAGUCUUCCAUUCGCGUUCAGCACCACCACAGGACUUUACACCCAUCCGCGGACAGCGAUGCUUCUCCAACCGAUUCUAAUCCGAGUCGUCCUCAUCACCGGUUCCUCUCGGUGUCGGUUUCGAGGAGUUCAGCCAAGGUUUCUCACGCGAGUGACUACAGCCACCGUAUUUGAGUUAACAAAAGGUCACUGGAAGUGGAGAAAUCGGGCUUUAUAAAGGACAAAGAGGCUGUUGUUCAAAUGCAGUGCUAACUUUGAGGGGUUCAAGCAGCGAAAUCAUUUCUCUCUCUCUCUCUCUCUCUCUCUCUCUCUCUCUCUCUCUCUCGGACAGCUGAAGAUUGUUUUAAUCAUGCCUGUUCGGAGAGGUCAUGUCGCGCCUCAAAAUACGUUUCUUGGAAUAAUAAUUCGGAAAUUCGAGGGACAAAACAGGAAGUUUAUUAUAGCUAAUGCCCGGGUGCAGAACUGUGCAAUUAUUUACUGUAACGAUGGAUUCUGCGAGAUGACGGGAUUCUCGAGAGCUGACGUCAUGCAGAAACCUUGUACGUGUGACUUCCUGCAUGGGGAGCAAACCACGAGACAUGCGAUUGCCCAGGUGGCACAGACUCUCUUGGCAUCAGAAGAACGGAAAGUGAUGAUCACGUACCACCGCAAGGAUGGGUCCAACUUCCUGUGUAACACUCACAUCAUCCCGGUGAAGAAUGAAGAAGGAGAUGUGAUGAUGUUCAUCUUGAACUUUGAUUACGUUCUGGACGAGGAGAGCAACGACUCUCUAGAGAGACUAAACGUUACCCCACCUGCCAAACCUAAAAUCAGGAAAGGAAGAUUCUUGAGUUUUCAUCUGCGAGCCUUGAAGCUCUUGAGUGCCAGCAAGCAGUCUCUCCCACAGGACGAUCCAGACACGGUCAUGGUGGACUCUCCCAGGGCCAGCGAUGACUCUACAGCCAUGAUGCCCACCAAGGGCAGUUGCAGUCCAGAAGAGGCCAAUGACACACGGGCGCUCAUCAGCUCCAGUCAUCCCUCGUCCCCGGUCAAUGUGACGGUACCCUUGGAUCAGUCAUCACCCAAACACGCCUGGGACCGUCCCAGUCCUUCUCAAGCCCAGUCCACCACCUGCCUCACUCAGGCCAUCUCCAGAGACAUUGUGUGCAGCCGAAGACGAGCCUCUUCGGUCCAUGACAUCGAAGGGCUUAGUGCGAACUCCAAACGUCUGUUUAUGGACAGGCACACAAGUGAAGGACCGUUCAACCAUCUGAAGUCCAGUCUGCUGGGAUCAACGUCAGACUCCAAUCUAAACAAAUACAGCACCAUCAACAAGAUACCUCUCAUCGCACUCAACUUCUCUGAAGCCAACGAUAAGAAAGCGUCUUCCCCCCCAUCCUCAGAGAAAACCAUCAUCGCACCAAAGGUCAAAGAUAGGACACAUAAUGUCACAGAAAAGGUCACACAGGUGCUGUCGCUGGGUGCAGAUGUAUUACCAGAGUACAAGCUCCAAACUCCACGUAUGGACAAGUUCACUAUUCUCCACUACAGCCCUUUUAAAGCAGUCUGGGACUGGCUUAUUCUGCUGCUGGUCAUCUAUACGGCCAUUUUAACCCCUUAUUCUGCUGCCUUUCUGCUCAAUGACAGCGAGGAACAGAAACGACGCAAGUGUGGAUACUCUUGCAGCCCUCUUAACGUUGUUGAUUUAAUAGUAGACAUCAUGUUCAUCAUUGACAUCCUCAUAAAUUUUCGCACAACAUAUGUUAACUUGAACGAGGAGGUGGUGAGCCAUCCAGGGAAGAUUGCCAUACAUUAUUUCAAAGGAUGGUUCCUUAUAGACAUGGUGGCAGCGAUACCCUUUGACCUGCUCAUAUUUGGAUCGGGAUCAGAUGAAACGACCACUCUAAUUGGCCUCUUGAAGACAGCGCGACUUCUGCGAUUGGUUCGUGUUGCCAGAAAGCUGGACCGAUACUCAGAAUAUGGCGCUGCAGUUCUGAUGCUCCUAAUGUGUAUAUUUGCUCUAAUUGCGCAUUGGCUUGCCUGCAUCUGGUACGCCAUUGGAAAUGUUGAGAAACAGUUCCUGGAACAUAAGAUUGGCUGGCUCGAUAAUCUCGGGGUAUCCAUUGGAAAGAGAUACAACUACAGUGACCCGAAUUCUGGUCCGUCCAUCAAGGAUAAAUAUGUGACUGCACUGUACUUCACCUUCAGCUCUCUGACCAGCGUGGGGUUUGGGAACGUCUCCCCGAACACCAACUCAGAAAAGAUCUUCUCCAUCUGUGUCAUGCUAAUUGGAUCUCUGAUGUACGCCAGCAUUUUCGGCAAUGUUUCUGCCAUCAUACAGCGGCUGUAUUCUGGUACGGCACGCUACCACACGCAGAUGCUCCGCGUCAAAGAGUUCAUCCGUUUCCAUCAGAUCCCAAAUCCACUCCGACAAAGACUGGAGGAGUAUUUCCAACACUCAUGGACCUACACCAAUGGAAUCGACAUGAACACGGAGGUCUUAAAAGGGUUUCCCGAGUGUUUGCAGGCUGAUAUUUGUCUCCACCUGAACAGCAGUCUGCUUCAGGGAUGCAAGGCCUUCAGAGGUGCUACUAAAGGCUGUCUGCGUGCUCUCGCCAUGCGCUUCAAAACCACUCAUGUGCCCCCUGGAGACACGCUUGUGCACUGCGGGGAUGUGCUCACCGCACUCUACUUCUUGUCUCGGGGUUCCAUCGAAAUACUGAAGGAGGACAUUGUGGUGGCCAUUCUGGGUAAGAAUGACAUAUUUGGCGAGAUGAUCCACUUGUACGCCAAGCCUGGUAAAUCUAACGCAGAUGUGCGAGCGCUGAGCUACUGUGACCUGCACACGAUCCAGAGGGAGGAACUUCUAGAAGUUCUGGAUAUGUAUCCAGAGUUCGCAGAUUAUUUCCUCACCAAUCUGGAGCUGACCUUUAACCUCCGGGAUGAAAACACAAAGAACACAUAUUUACAAGCCAGUGAUUCAGAUGGAGAAGAUACAAAGAGCAGACAGAAGAUUUCUUUUAAGCGUAAACCAUCCAAAGGGGGAAGCCUCAAGGAAACAGACAGCGAGUCCUGGAAAGAGCGCAGAGAAUCCCGGCUGAGCUCCAAGAGAAGCUCUAAGGGCCAGUGCACCACCAGGGAGGAACAGCAGAGGCUUCUGGGAGCAGGGACAAUAGAGCUAUCCGUCAGUACAGAGUUACACAGCUACACCAGCUUGCAGUCCUCCUGCUGACGACAUGGAGAGAAAGCCGUACGAUGAUGAUAUCCAGACCGACAUAUGUUUAGCUGUCAGGACCAAACAGGAAAUGGCUACACAGGAACAGGUCGGGGUAGAAGAAGAGGAUCUGGACUGUGACAUCACAUAUGGAGAGGUGGAGCACAGGCUAGACCAAC